AUGGCUCGUACCAAGCAGACUGCACGUAAAUCCACUGGUGGCAAGGCCCCAAGAAAGCAGCUCGCAUCCAAGGCCGCUCGCAAGUCUGCACCAAGCACCGGAGGUGUCAAGAAGCCUCACAGAUACAAGCCUGGUACCGUCGCUCUCCGUGAGAUUCGUCGCUACCAGAAGUCGACCGAGUUGCUCAUCCGCAAGCUCCCCUUCCAGCGUCUCGUCCGUGAAAUUGCUCAGGACUUCAAGUCUGACCUGCGAUUCCAAUCUUCUGCCAUUGGCGCUCUUCAGGAGUCAGUUGAGGCUUACCUCGUCUCUCUCUUCGAAGACACCAACCUUUGCGCCAUCCACGCCAAGCGUGUCACCAUCCAGUCCAAGGACAUCCAGCUUGCUCGUCGUCUCCGUGGCGAACGAUCUUAG